UAACUGUGUAAGAGCUGUUUUGUGUUACAGGAACACAGAAUUCUCUUAACCACAUCAGGCUGUUCCUUUAGUUGAGUAUUGCUGGCAAUGGCUUGCUAUGCUUAGGACAGAGGUUCAUCUCAUCACCUCCUGCUUUCGUACAUGGAGAUGCUAAAGAGUAGACUUGGAUCUUCUACCUGGAAAACAGAUUCUCCACCAGACAUUUCACAGUUUUAUAUAAACAAAGCUAAUUUCAGUAUGCUGAAAAGGAAACAGAGUUCUAGGGUAGAAGCCCAGCCUGUAACAGAUUUUGGUCCUGAUGAAUCCUUAUCAGACAAUGCGGAUAUCCUGUGGAUUAACAAACCAUGGGUGCAUUCUUUACUCCGCAUCUGUGCCAUUAUCAGUGUCAUUUCGGUGUGCAUGAAUACCCCAAAGACCUUUGAGCAUUAUCCUCCCCUUCAGUAUGUGACAUUUGCUCUUGAUACGUUGCUGAUGUUUCUCUACACGGCAGAGAUGAUAGCAAAAAUGCACAUCCGUGGCAUAGUCAAGAUGGAGUUGGGAAAAGGUUGGAGGUUAACCACACCACAGCCAUUUCAGAUGUUCAAGGGUGAUAGCUCCUAUGUGAAGGACCGCUGGUGUGUAUUUGAUGGAUUCAUGGUAUUUUGUCUGUGGGUGUCCUUAGUUUUACAGGUUUUUGAAAUCGCAGAGAUAGUGGAUCAAAUGUCUCCUUGGGGCAUGCUAAGAAUCCCACGACCACUCAUUAUGAUUCGAGCAUUCCGAAUUUAUUUCCGCUUUGAAUUACCAAGAACCAGGAUAACCAACAUUUUAAAGCGUUCAGGUGAACAAAUUUGGAGUGUUUCCAUUUUCCUUCUGUUCUUCCUGCUUCUGUACGGAAUUUUGGGGGUCCAGAUGUUUGGUCCUUUCACAUAUCAUUGCGUAACAAAUGAUACAAAACCAGGAAACAUAACCUGGAAUAAUUUGGCAAUCCCAGACACACAUUGUUCAAAAGCAUCAGAAGAAGGUUACCAGUGUCCACCAGGAUUUGAGUGUUUGGACCUUGAAGAACUGGGGUUAAGCAGGCAGGAGCUGGGAUACAGCGGUUUUAAUGAGAUAGGAACAAGCAUAUUUACUGUUUAUGAAGCUGCAUCUCAGGAAGGUUGGGUCUUUCUGAUGUACCGAGCAAUCGACAGUUUUCCCCGAUGGCGCUCUUAUUUCUAUUUCAUCACCUUAAUUUUCUUCCUUGCCUGGCUUGUUAAGAACGUAUUUAUUGCUGUCAUCAUUGAAACAUUUGCUGAAAUCCGUGUGCAGUUUCAACAGAUGUGGGGUUCCAGAAGCAGUACAACUUCAACCGCAACUACUCAGAUGUUUCAUGAAGAUGCUACAGGAGGAUGGCAGCUGGUAGAUGUUGAUGUGAAUAAGCCUCAAGGAAGAGCACCAGCAUGUCUGCAGAGAAUGAUGAGGUCCUCAAUUUUCCAUAUGUUUAUCCUGAGCAUGGUAGCCGUGGAUGUCAUUGUUGCUGCUAGCAAUUAUUAUAAGGGAGAAACUUUCAAAAGCCAAUAUGAUGAGUUCUACCUUGCAGAGGUGGCCUUUACGGUCCUCUUUGAUCUGGAAGCUCUCCUAAAGAUCUGGUGCCUGGGAUUUACUGGAUACAUCAGUUCAUCUCUUCAUAAAUUUGAACUGCUGCUGGUUAUUGGAACUACUCUUCACAUUUAUCCAGUCCUCUACCAUUCACAGUUUACAUACUUUCAGGUACUUAGAGUUGUUCGACUUAUCAAGAUUUCUCCUGCCCUGGAAGAUUUUGUAUACAAGAUUUUUGGACCUGGAAAAAAGCUUGGGAGUUUGGUUGUAUUUACUGCCAGUCUGUUAAUUGUAAUGUCAGCCAUUAGUUUGCAAAUGUUCUGUUUCGUGGAAGAACUAGACAGAUUUACCACAUUUCCAAGGGCCUUCAUGUCAAUGUUUCAAAUUCUGACACAGGAGGGAUGGGUGGAUGUCAUGGAUCAGACUCUCAAUGCUGUGGGUCACAUGUGGGCACCAGUCGUUGCUAUUUACUUUAUUUUAUAUCAUCUUUUUGCUACCCUGAUUCUGCUGAGCUUGUUUGUUGCAGUUAUUCUAGACAAUCUGGAACUUGAUGAAGAUCUAAAGAAACUUAAACAACUGAAACAAAGUGAAGCAAAUGCAGAUACCAAGGAAAAGCUCCCAUUACGCCUACGGAUAUUUGAAAAAUUCCCUAACAGGCCUCAAAUGGUAAAAAUCUCCAAGCUCCCUUCAGAUUUCACAGUUCCCAAAAUAAGGGAAAGCUUUAUGAAGCAGUUUAUUGAUCGACAGCAGCAAGAUACAACUUGUUUAUUGAGAAGGCUUCCAUCAGCUUCUUCUUCUUCCUGCGAUCACUCUAAAAGGCUGGCAAUUGAAGACAAAUACAUUGACCAGAAGCUUCGCAAAUCUGUUUUCAGCAUUAGGGCAAGAAAUCUUCUGGAGAAGGAGUCUGCAAUCAAUAAAAUACUUAGAGCCUGUACUCGUCAGCGUAUGCUUAGUGGAUCUUUUGAGGGACAGCCUGCAAAAGAACGAUCUAUUCUUAGUGUUCAGCAUCAUAUACGCCAAGAACGCAGGUCACUAAGGCAUGGCUCCAACAGUCAGCGAAUCAGCAGAGGAAAGUCUCUUGAAACAUUAACUCAAGAUCAUUCUAAUACAGUGAGGUACAGAAAUGCACAAAGGGAAGACAGUGAAAUAAAAAUGAUCCAAGAAAAGAAAGAACAAGCAGAAAUGAAAAGAAAAGUUCAGGAAGAAGAGUUGCGGGAGAAUCACCCCUAUUUUGACAAGCCUCUUUUCAUAGUGGGUCGAGAACACAGAUUUAGGAAUUUCUGCCGAGUUGUCGUUAGAGCUCGCUUUAAUGCCUCUAAAACAGAUCCUGUUACUGGAGCAGUAAAAAACACAAAAUAUCAUCAACUUUAUGAUUUGCUGGGAUUGGUUACUUAUCUAGACUGGGUAAUGAUCAUCGUUACCAUAUGUUCCUGUAUUUCAAUGAUGUUUGAAUCUCCUUUUCGAAGAGUAAUGCAUGCACCUACUUUACAGAUUGCUGAAUAUGUUUUUGUAAUAUUUAUGAGUAUUGAACUUAACUUGAAGAUUAUGGCUGAUGGAUUGUUUUUUACACCAACUGCAGUCAUCAGAGAUUUUGGAGGUGUCAUGGAUAUUUUUAUAUAUCUUGUAAGCCUGAUAUUUCUCUGCUGGAUGCCCCAAAAUGUUCCUGCUAAAUCAGGAGCUCAGCUGCUAAUGGUUCUACGGUGUCUUCGGCCACUUCGUAUUUUUAAACUGGUGCCUCAGAUGAGAAAAGUUGUUCGGGAACUAUUUAGUGGCUUCAAAGAAAUCUUUCUAGUUUCAAUCCUUUUAUUGACAUUAAUGCUUGUUUUUGCAAGCUUUGGAGUUCAACUUUUUGCUGGGAAACUGGCUAAGUGCAAUGAUCCUCAUAUAAUUGCAAGAGAAGAUUGUCAUGGUAUAUUCCGAAUAAAUGUAAGUGUUUCCAAAAAUCUGAAUUUGAAGCUAAGACCUGGUGAAAAAAAGCCUGGAUUUUGGGUGCCUCGGGUCUGGGCUAAUCCUCGAAACUUUAACUUUGACAAUGUUGGUAAUGCAAUGCUGGCAUUAUUUGAAGUCCUGUCAUUAAAGGGGUGGGUAGAAGUCAGAGAUGUUAUCAUUCAUCGUGUGGGUCCGAUUCAUGGCAUCUACAUUCAUGUUUUUGUAUUCCUGGGCUGCAUGAUUGGACUCACCCUUUUUGUUGGAGUUGUCAUUGCUAAUUUCAAUGAAAAUAAGGGAACAGCUCUACUAACAGUUGACCAGAGGCGAUGGGAAGAUCUGAAGAGCAGAUUAAAGAUAGCACAGCCUCUUCACCUCCCACCACGCCCAGAUAAUGAUGGAUUCCGAGCUAAAAUGUAUGACAUUACCCAACACCCAUUUUUCAAGAGAACCAUUGCAGUUCUUGUACUGGCCCAAUCUGUGCUAUUAUCUGUUAAGUGGGAUGAUCAAGAUCCAGUAACUGGUCCAUUAGCUGCAAUGUCAGUGGUCUUCACCUUCAUAUUUGUUCUAGAGGUUACGAUGAAAAUUAUUGCCAUGUCACCUGCUGGAUUUUGGCAGAGCAGAAGAAAUCGUUAUGAUCUCUUGGUGACAUCAUUAGGGGUCAUAUGGGUGAUUCUCCACUUUGCAAUAACGAAUGCCUAUACAUAUAUGAUGGGAGCAUGUGUAAUUGUGUUCAGGUUUUUUUCAAUCUGUGGAAAGCACGUGACCUUGAAGAUGCUACUGCUGACAGUAGUUGUCAGCAUGUACAAAAGCUUUUUCAUCAUUGUAGGAAUGUUCCUACUGUUGCUUUGCUAUGCUUUUGCUGGAGUAGUUUUGUUUGGAACUGUGAAAUAUGGAGAGAACAUUAACAGACAUGCCAACUUCUCAUCAGCUGGCAAGGCCAUUACGGUACUCUUCAGAAUAGUCACUGGAGAAGACUGGAACAAGAUAAUGCACGAUUGCAUGGUUCAACCUCCUUUUUGUACUCCAGAUAACAGAACAUACUGGAAAACAGAUUGUGGGAAUUAUGCUGGUGCUCUUAUGUAUUUCUGUUCAUUUUAUGUCAUCAUUGCAUACAUAAUGCUGAAUUUGCUUGUGGCUAUAAUUGUGGAAAACUUCUCUUUAUUUUAUUCUACUGAAGAAGACCAGCUCUUAAGCUAUAAUGAUCUUAGGCAUUUUCAGAUUAUAUGGAAUAUGGUUGAUGACAAAAGGGAGGGAGUAAUUCCUACUUUCCGAGUCAAGUUUUUGUUGAGGCUAUUGCGUGGAAGACUGGAGGUAGAUCUGGAUAAGGACAAGCUUCUGUUCAAGCAUAUGUGCUAUGAAAUGGAGAGGUUGCAUAACGGUGGAGAUGUAACAUUCCAUGAUGUACUGAGCAUGCUCUCAUAUAGAUCGGUUGACAUCAGAAAAAGUCUUCAACUGGAAGAACUCCUUGCGAGGGAACAACUGGAAUACACCAUAGAGGAAGAAGUUGCCAAGCAGACGAUACGCAUGUGGUUGAAAAAAUGCUUGAAGCGCAUUAGAGCAAAACAACAGCAGUCAUGCAGUAUUAUCCACAGCCUCCGAGAGAGUCAGCAGCAGGAAUUAAGCCGUUUCCUAAAUCCACCAAGCAUUGAGACAACACAGCCAAGUGAAGACAUGAAUGCUAAUAACCAGGAUAACAAUGCACAGCCUGAGACAAGUAGUGAACAGCAGCUGCUUAGCCCCACGCUUUCUGACAGAGGUGGAUAUCGACAAGAUUCUGGUGAUACUGGUCGACCUCAGCGAAAGCUUGGACAAUGGCGUUUGCCAUCUGCCCCAAAACCAAUAAGCCAUUCAGUGUCUUCAGUCAACAUAAGAAUUGGUGGUCGGACAACUAUGAAAUCUGUUGUGUGCAAAAUGAAUCCUAUGUCAGAUGUGGCUUCAUGUGGAUCAGAAGUUAAGAAGUGGUGGACAAGGCAACUUACUGUAGAGAGUGACGAGAGUGGAGAAGACCUGCUUGAGAUCUGAUUGGGAAACGGUUCCUAUCAAAGACACACUUAUGCAACAUAACUGUGAAGGAAUAGCAACUCUGGACAUUGCUGCUUUUUAAUAAGCAGUUCUAAUUGAUUGUUGAUAUCAAGAUAAGCCUUGGAACUCACUGUCCUUCAACUUGGCAAGAUUUACUAUUUAAUGUUUAUUUUGAACAUCCAUGAUUAUUAAUGAGCAACAUAAAUGUUCAGAAAAAAUAGAGGAGUUUUGGCCUUGUUCCCAUAAAUCAUGAGAAACGCUUCAGGCUCUCAGGCAGGACUUCCUACUUUCCAGCAGACUUUCAAUAUUGUUUCUCGGUGAACAUUUGAAAUGUCAGGUUUGUCUGAAAGUAUAUUGCUGCUUGCUAAAAUUUGGGAAACAGCAACACAGGACUAAUAGUAAAAUACAACAUGUCAUGAUGUGUACCAGGCUGAUAUUUUACUAUUUUAAUAGUAUAGGUAAGUUAUGAGGACACAUUUUUAUUUAGAGACGCUGGGACACAAUUGUUGUGGAAGUAAAAGCACCCCAAAGAGAAUAUUGGUAUGGACAUGCUGCUAAUGUUUCACAUCACUGAAUAUUUUUGUUUAGGUCAGGGUAGGUGACUUCUUUCAAGCUAAGAUACAUGUUGAAUGUUUGGGUUGGACUGUAAUCCCAAAAACAAAUAAGCCAAGAUAAAAACUAAGAUAAUUUUAAUUUUAUUAUAUUUAUUUUAGUUAAAUUAUUUCCUAUUACAUAUGGUUAACAGGAUUACUCUGUGUGUAUUUUAUAAUUUUCCCUUUUUUUCAAGUUAAAUAUUGCAGUUUUAGUAGCAAUUUUGGGAAAAUUUCUGAGGACACCAUGCAAUACACUGACCUCAGGUUGUGCUUCUCUUAUUGAGAUAAAUAGUAUUCAUAGGUUAAUUCACAGGUAUCCUUGUAUAUGUACAUCAUUUGAUCAUAGAAAACAAACAAUAUUUCAUGCAUUUGAUUUGUGUUAAAGUUUACAUACAGAGAUAGUGUGAAAAUACUUUCUCUGAUAUUGUCAGGAUUUCCUUUGCCCUAAAAUAAUCAUUUAAACGAAAUGGCAACAAUGUUGACUUUUUUUUCUAUAGUAUUCUACCCAUCAAUAUUUGUGUUGUUUAAUAAUCUGGUAUUAACUCAGAAGGAGGUGAUUGUUUGUUUUCUGUUUUACAAUAUAUUUUAAUAUGCAAGCAUAAUGUGGUUGGUUUAAAAAUAAGAUUUCAUUGUUCAUUUUUAUAAUGUGCUUAAUUGAAAUUCACUGAUUUUUAUCAAUGCAUGUGUUUAAUAUGUUCCCUGCUUUUUCAUCUCUGUUAAUAUCUAUCAUCUAUUAGAAAAGAAAAAAAAAUAACUAGUGUAGAUAUAACUACUUAGCUACAUUCCGUACAUACAUACAUACAUGUAAGUUCAUUAUAUUAUAUUGGGUAUAAGACUCAUGGCAGGCCUACAUUAGAAAGAAAUCUGAUUUUGUGCUUCAUUAUCCUUGUUAGAAAUUAACAUGUUUUUCUCAGAGAUUAUUUCUAACUCGGUAUUUAAAAGUUAUUAUAGUAUUAUAUAUAAGUAUACAUUAUAUACUUAAUCAUUAAGUAUAUUAUGUGAGAUUAACUAAAGUAUGCUCUUGUAAGUAAUCUAUUUUCUAGUCAUGCUUGAAAUGUCUUUUUUUAAAAACAAUACUUUGAUACCAAUCACUAUUAAGGUAAGUAUGAAAUAAUGCAUUAAGAAAAGAAAAUAGUUGACAAUUCUACGAUUCUAUUUAUAAGGAUUCUGAAUUCCAGAUAUUUAAUGAAUGACAUCAAAUGAACAUUAUAGGAGCACACAAUUAUGAACCUUCAUUAUGCAUCUAAGUAUCAUAGAAAAAAUGAGCCAGACACAUGAGCAUUGGGGAAAAUUAAAGAUUAUGAAGGCUGGAGAAAAACUUGGCUCUAAUCACUGCUCUGUUUCAACUACUCAAUUAUCGGUUAUAGAAAUAAAAAUCCAGCAAUUGACAGGGAUCAUUAUCUCUCAUCUCAAGAGCAAAGACAAAUAGCCCAUCUUCCUAAUUUUAGUUUUGUAUUGGCCACAGUAAUGAAGAGUAUGUCUUUACUACCUCUGAAGUGCUUUUACCUUCACCACAAUCACUCGUUCAAAAUUUGAACCAGGUGGUUUUUAAAUACAAAAUGGAAGAGUUAAGAUUUUCUUCAAUCUGUCUGUGAAGGAUAAAGUUUAUCAGGCAUCAUAACUGAUCAGAAUAUGAGAUCAGUUAAUGGUUCCUCCAGAAAGUGUGACCUUCUUUUGUAUGUCUUUGCAUUGUGCUUUAAUGGUGUGCAAAAUAUUUUAUAUUUGACGCUUUAAUGUAUGAAAUUUCACAAAAUGUCGUGUUCUGGGUGUAAAACUGCUGUUUCAAAUAUGAAACAAUCUGUUCCGAGCAUUUUGGAAUUUUCUUUGAGCUAUAAACAGAGGCAUCUGAGUAUUUUGAAUGUUUGUUUCCAAACUAUAGAUGAUGAACGUCAUAUGUAGUAUGAACAAACAACAGCCAUCUUGCUAUUUCUGUCAAACAAUUAAAUAUAUGGGGAGGAAGAAAAAGGAUUCUGAUGCCUUCACAUAGACAAUAGUGUUUGUAGGGUUUUGUAUCUGCUUUCCAACAGUGGCAUCUUUGGGGUGAGAUCUUUGCCACUACCAUCAUUUCCUAUGGAAAAUAUGUUGCACUACUAUGACAAGUCCAGCUUGAAAGCACCAGAAACAUAAGAGUUCAUCUUAAAAAAACCUAAAAACUGUAAAGUGUCCAUGUUCUCCAAGAGCCUUAUGGACAUAAAAGUCCCAGCAAAACUAACAAUCUUGUGUUAGGUUGAUGCACGCUUUUGUUCUUAAUGCAGGUUUUAUUUUAACCAAAAGAUAUGUAUCCACAGACUUGUAUUGCAUUUAAUUAUUUUUGGUCACAGAUUACUGUCUUUAUGUAGUUGUCUAUGUGUAUGUUUUGCUGUUUAGAGUUAACAUUUACAUGGAAACUUCCUACAAUCUGUUUACUAAACCUGUGCAUUUUGUUGUUAAAACUAGAUUACAUCAAAAACCUUCAGAAAAUAUCAUUCCUACUAUUGUCAAAGAUAGUUAUUUGUCUUUUCUUUUAUGUCUACUUUAACUUAAUAUUUUUUAGAAAAAAAAUAAAAAACAGGAGCGAUAUUCAGAUUUAUAAAAUACGCUUUCUUGGACUUUCAAUACUAUGCUGAAUUACAGAAACUUUCCUAGUUAUUACUACAAAUAUUCUUUUUAAACCUCUAGCAAAUAUACUUUGACAUAUAAUGUCAA